AUGAAGAAUCUUAUAUUUUUUCUCAUACUAAGUAGGUGUCAUCUGGGGUCUAUUUUAUACUUGCUCACUCUCACUGCCAUCGAGCUGUUUGCAGACAAAGUUCCAAAGACAGCAGGAAACUCCCGCGCUCUGAGCACUGGGGAGAAAGGUUUGGGUUAUAAAGGUUCCUGCUGUCACAGAAUUAUCCCAGGGUUUAUGUGCCAGAGGGGUGACCUCACACGCCACAAUGGCACUGGGGGCAAGUCCAUCUCUGGAGAGAAAUCUGAAGAUGAGAACUUCAUCCUGAAGCACACAGGUCCUGGCAUCCUGUCGAUGGCAAAUGCUGGGCCCAAUACGAACGCUUCCCAGUUGUUUAUCUGCCCCACUGAGACUGAAUGGCUGGAUGGCCAGCACGUGGUCUUCGGUCAGGUGAAAGAAGGCAUGGACAUUGUGGAAGCCAUGGAGCGUUUGGGUUCCAGCAAUGGCAAGACCAGUAAGAAGAUCACCCUUGCUGACUGUGGACAGCUCUAA